AUGCAGGAAAUGGAUGAAACAUGCACACAUUGCAAUCAUCAGGCAAAGGGUACUCUGGUUGAAAUGCAUGUUCCAGAAGAGUUGAUUAUUUGCCUACAAAAAACAAAAAUAUCAAAUGGAGUUGGUAUCAAAAUAUUGGAUGCAGUUGAUGUUGAAAGAGAGAUCUAUAUCCAGGGAUGCAAAUACGCUUUAAAAGGAUCAAUAAUUCACAAAGGACCGACGUUGAAUUCAGGCCACUACAUUUAUUAUGAUUCAAAAGAAGAUGUGGUAAUCAAUGACGAAAUAGUUAGAAAAACAAAGAAUGACGAUUUAGAACAGGGAUACAUGUUCAUUUAUAAAAAAGAAGAAUAA